AUGAGGGUAAAGCAGGCUCUGGUGUUUGUUCUCAUUGAUGAGGUAAAGCAGGCUCUGGUGUUUGUUCUCAUUGAUGAGGUAAAGCAGGCUCUGGUGUUUGUUCUCAUUGAUGAGGUAAAGCAGGCUCUGGUGUUUGUUCUCAUUGAUGAGGUAAAGCAGGCUCUGGUGUUUGUUCUCAUUGAUGAGGUAAAGCAGGCUCUGGUGUUGUUCUCAUUGAUGAGGCUUCUGGUGUUUGUUCUCAUUGAUGAGGUAAAGCAGGCUCUGGUGUUUGUUCUCAUUGAUGAGGUAAAGCAGGCUCUGGUGUUUGUUCUCAUUGAUGAGGUAAAGCAGGCUCUGGUGUUUGUUCUCAUUGAUGAGGUAAAGCAGGCUCUGGUGUUUGUUCUCAUUGAUGAGGUAAAGCAGGCUCUGGUGUUUGUUCUCAUUGAUGAGGUAAAGCAGGAUCUGGUGUUUGUUCUCAUUGAUGAGGUAAAGCAGGCUCUGGUGUUUGUUCUCAUUGAUGAGGUAAAGCAGGCUCUGGUGUUUGUUCUCAUUGAUGAGGUAAAGCAGGCUCUGGUGUUUGUUCUCAUUGAUGAGGUAAAGCAGGCUCUGGUGUUUGUUCUCAUUGAUGAGGUAAAGCAGGCUCUGGUGUUUGUUCUCAUUGAUGAGGUAAAGCAGGAUCUGGUGUUUGUUCUCAUUGAUGAGGUAAAGCAGGCUCUGGUGUUUGUUCUCAUUGAUGAGGUAAAGCAGGCUCUGGUGUUUGUUCUCAUUGAUGAGGUAAAGCAGGCUCUGGUGUUUGUUCUCAUUGAUGAGGUAAAGCAGGAUCUGGUGUUUGUUCUCAUUGAUGAGGUAAAGCAGGCUCUGGUGUUUGUUCUCAUUGAUGAGGUAAAGCAGGCUCUGGUGUUUGUUCUCAUUGAUGAGGUAAAGCAGGCUCUGGUGUUUGUUCUCAUUGAUGAGGUAAAGCAGGCUCUGGUGUUUGUUCUCAUUGAUGAGGUGGAGAGUCUGACGGCAGCGCGGAAAGCCUCCCAGUCCGGAACGGAACCCUCAGACGCCAUCCGAGUGGUCAACUCUGUCCUCACACAGCUGGACCAGAUCAAGCGGCAUCCUAAUGUUGUGAUCCUGACCACCUCCAACGUGACAGAGAAGAUAGACCUGGCGUUUGUGGACAGAGCUGACAUCAAGCAGUACAUUGGCCCUCCGUCUGUAGAGGGCAUCUUCAACAUCUAUCUGUCCUGCCUGGAGGAACUGAUGAAGUGCCAGAUCGUGUACCCCAGACAGCCACUGCUGACCAUGUUUGAGCUGGAGACCAUGGGCUUCAGGGAGAGCAAGGUGUCGGAGCUCAGCCUGGUUCUCAGGGACAUCGCCAUAAAGAGUAAAGGUUUUAGUGGCAGAGCGCUGAGGAAACUACCCUUUUUGGCCCAUGCUCUUUUUGUGAAGACCCCGACAGUGGUCCUGGAGAGGUUCCUGGAGGCCAUGGACCUGGCAGUGGACAAACAGAUCGAGGAGAAGGACAACCUGGUCAACUGUCUGUGAUCUACAGGGACACUGUCUCAAAUAGCACCCUAUACCCUUUAUAGUGUCUGUAGGGAUCUGGUCAACUGUCUGUGAUCUACAGGGACACUGUCUCAAAUAGCACCCUAUACCCUUUAUAGUGUCUGUAGGGAUCUGGCCAAAAAGUAGUGUGCUAAAUAUGGAAUAGGGUGCUAUUUGGGACCUGUCUCAGACAGUCUGGACCUGUUUUACCCAACGGUUGAUGGACACGGUCUCUUCUGGUAUUUCAUGUACAUUUUAUUUCCUGGUUAAACAAUAUACAUUUUAUAAUCAUAUUUUUCUAACCACUUCAACGUUGACCAAUUUAGUUUUCUCACAGACAGUGUGUUUUACCAUUAGAGCACUAUAUUAAAGAUGGCAGCCGUCAACCAGUCGGUCAUGUUCUGUGGAGACUUCCUGAAGCUUGUGUUGCUACUGCCGAGCGUCAUCAAUGUUAGGUGCGUUCUCAGCACGUUUUUAAAAAGCCUGAGAUGCAGUCCUCUCUUGAUACGUGUGACUAUAACGGCUUUAAUUUCCUAACCCAAGACGGCAUGUCCCUAAUGGCUCCCUAUGAUCCCUAUGCAUUGCACUACUUUGGGCCGUGACCCAUAGGGCUAUGGUCAAGCGUAGUGCACUAUAUGAGGGAAUAGGGUGCGAUAUGUUUUACAGCACAUGUAUUCAUUACUCUGUCUGCUUGUCUGAUGUUUUCUAUGUGAGCUUGCUGUUUCCUAUACGUUUCAAUAGUUGCUAUUAGAAACUCAGCCUUUCUGUUAUUGUAAAUGAAUGCAAAUGCCCCCAAUAGGAGAGCUUCAAUGGAAAUGUACAAAUUCUGAUUUAAUUUCUAAUCCUGUGGAUGUUUUUUUGAUACUCAAGGAUGUUCCAUGUAUUGUGUGCUGCCUUCAUAUGGUCUCUUCAUUUAAACUCAGGAUACACAUGUUCAUAACUGACCUGGUUUAUUUAUAUAUAAAACAUUGGAUUAUUCAACUCUUUAAAAACAGCCUUUGACUCAUUUUGAGUUUGUCAAAUACACUGCCCACGCGAUAAACAUGUGAUUUCAUUGUGAUUGGCUAACAGGUCGUAUUCAUUAGUGCACACUGUAGCAAAACGUUUUGCAACGGAAGCGUUACUCCCAAGUGCUCUAAUCUACAAUAUGAUGUCAAGGAUUCUGUUGCAAAACGGUUUGCUUUGGUGCACUAAUGAAUAUAACCCUCUGUUUCUGAAUGAGCCCAGACCUGCCUUCCUCCUGAUGAAUACAAGCCCAGAUUCCCCCAGGGUAAAAUUCCCCUUUUAAAGUGUGAAGGGGGAAAAUGUGUCUUGUAGAACCCAAUGCCCAGUGCUGUUCGACCACUGGGGGGCAGAAUAACAGUUCUCCUCCAACCCUGUAAUGAACUUGAAUGGCCUUCUGUUUGCUCUGUAAUCUGAUAUCUAACAUCUAUAUACCAUUAUUAACAUGGGGCCAUAGCUCUGCAGAAAUUCAACAAGGAGAAUUUCAAUUAAACCGACUACUGAUCAUUUGAA